CCCGCGAGCCCGGCCUCGGGGGAGUACCGCCCACCCCGCCCCGCGCUCGCUCCGCCCCGCGCUCGCACCGCCCCUUCGCGCUCCCGCCGCUCCUCCACGCUCGUGCCGCACCCCCGCGCUCCCAGUUGCCGCUCUGGGCCGCCACCUCCGCGGACCCUGAGCGCAAGAGCCAAGGCGCCACCGCCGCGAUGUGGGCCACGCUGCCGCUGCUCUGCGCCGGGGCCUGGCUCCUGGGAGUCCCCGUCUGCGGUGCCGCCGAACUGUCCGUGAACUCCUUAGAGAAGUUUCACUUCAAGUCAUGGAUGUCUAAGCACCGUAAGACCUACAGCAUGGAGGAGUACCACCACAGGCUGCAGACCUUUGCCAGCAACUGGAGGAAGAUAAACGCCCACAACAAUGGGAACCACACGUUUAAAAUGGCACUGAACCAAUUUUCAGACAUGAGCUUUGCUGAAAUAAAACACAAGUAUCUCUGGUCAGAGCCUCAGAAUUGCUCAGCCACCAAAAGUAACUACCUUCGAGGUACUGGUCCCUACCCACCUUCUGUGGACUGGCGGAAAAAAGGAAAUUUUGUCUCACCUGUGAAAAAUCAGGGUGCCUGCGGCAGUUGCUGGACUUUCUCCACCACCGGGGCCCUGGAGUCUGCGAUCGCCAUCGCAACCGGGAAGAUGCUGUCCUUGGCCGAACAGCAGCUGGUGGACUGCGCCCAGGACUUCAAUAAUCACGGCUGCCAAGGGGGUCUCCCCAGCCAGGCUUUCGAGUACAUCCUGUACAACAAGGGGAUCAUGGGUGAAGACACCUACCCCUACCAGGGCAAGGAUGGUUAUUGCAAGUUCCAACCUGGAAAGGCCAUCGGCUUUGUCAAGGAUGUAGCCAACAUCACAAUCUAUGACGAGGAAGCGAUGGUGGAGGCUGUGGCCCUCUACAACCCUGUGAGCUUUGCCUUUGAGGUGACUCAGGACUUCAUGAUGUAUAGAACGGGCAUCUACUCCAGUACUUCCUGCCAUAAAACUCCAGAUAAAGUAAACCAUGCAGUACUGGCUGUUGGGUAUGGAGAAAAAAAUGGGAUCCCUUACUGGAUCGUGAAAAACUCUUGGGGUCCCAAGUGGGGAAUGAACGGGUACUUCCUCAUCGAGCGCGGAAAGAACAUGUGUGGCCUGGCUGCCUGCGCCUCCUACCCCAUCCCUCUGGUGUGAGCCGUGGCAGCCGCAGCGCAGACUGGCGGAGAAGGAGAGGAACGGGCAGCCUGGGCCUGGGUGGAAAUCCUGCCCUGGAGGAAGUUGUGGGGAGAUCCACUGGGACCCCCAACAUUCUGCCCUCACCUCUGUGCCCAGCCUGGAAACCUACAGACAAGGAGUUCCAGCAUGAGCUCACCUGUGUCCAUGACGCAAAGAUCACCAGCCAUGUGUCUUAGUGUCCUUCUUAAGAGACUCAAACCACAUGGACCACGAAUAUUCUUUCUGUCCAGAAGGGCUACUUUCCACAUAUAGAGCUCCAGGGACUGUCUUUUCUGUAUUCGCUGUUCAAUAAACAUUGAGUGAGCACCUCCCGAGAUGGA